AGGGGAUUUCGACGUUCUCCUCACAGCAACACAGCUGAGCCGGUGGCGGCGGGCAUUACAGUGAGCUGCCGGACGGACGGAGAAGCCCUGUCAUGGCCGAAGACGCUGAACUGUCGGUGGCUUCCUCGGCGGACAGAGGACUGAUCAGCAGCCUGAGGGCGGCCGUCUGGUCUCUUGUGUACGUACCAGCGAGGCAGCUAGACCGAGAGGAAGAACUGCAAAUCAUCAGCAGAUCAGGAUGGUUUUCCAACUGGCUACCUGCCUGGUGCCCCACAUCUGUGGACCAUCUAAAGGAGGCUGAAGAGAAAAUGCUGUCCUGUAUUACAAGCUCCUACUCCAAAGACCAUGUCCUGAUAUCUGGUGGAAACAAGAUCUGGACCCUGUCAUUUGUGCAGCCUCUGUCAGCAAAGGUCCCAUUAGUUUUGUUGCAUGGCUUUGGAGGAGGCGUCGGACUAUGGGCUCUCAACUUUGAAACCCUUUGUCAACCUAGAACUGUGUAUGCCUUUGAUAUCCUGGGGUUUGGACGCAGCAGUAGGCCGCACUUUGAGGAUGAUGCGGAGAAGGCUGAAAUGCAGUUUGUGCAGUCUAUAGAAGAGUGGCGAACGGCCUUGGGUCUGGAUCAUAUGAUUUUACUGGGACAUAAUUUAGGAGCAUUUUUAGCUUCCGUUUAUGCUAUGAAAUACCCCACAAGGGUAAAAAGUCUAAUUUUGGUAGAGCCAUGGGGUUUCCCAGAUAGACCUGACAAUAUGGAUGAAGAAAGGCCAAUUCCUGUCUGGAUUAAAGCAGUUGGUGCCUUAUUAAGUCCGUUUAACCCAUUGGCAGGACUCCGCUUGGCUGGACCACUGGGCCUUAGUCUUGUUCAAAAGCUGAGACCAGAUUUCAAGAAAAAGUAUGCGUCCAUGUUUGAGGAUGACACUGUGACAGAAUAUAUAUAUCACUGCAAUGCACAGUCUCCAAGUGGCGAGACGGCUUUCAGAAACAUGACAGUUCCAUAUGGCUGGGCUAGAAGGCCAAUGCUGCAGCGCAUAGACAAGAUGCACCCAGGCAUUCCCAUCACGGUCAUAUAUGGGGCGCGGUCGUGCAUCGAUGGCAACUCUGGAAGCACCAUUCAGUCUCUGCGGCCAAACUCCUAUGUGAAAACAAUUGCAAUUCGUGGUGCUGGCCAUUAUGUCUUUGCUGAUCAGCCAGAAGAUUUCAAUCAGAAAGUAACAGAAAUCUGUGAUUUUGUGGACUGAACUGUACAGCUCCAUCUGCUUAAUCUCCUUAAAGGGGUUCUCCAGGAGUUAAUAAAAUUACUGGAAAUACUUAUAUAUUAUAAGCACAUUCCUAAUAGUUUUCCUCAUUUUAUAAUGGCUCGAUUUCGCGAGAAAUAAAAUGGCCGUUGCCCUAUUGGUGCACGCACAUAACCCUUCCCAAUCACUCAGCAGGAAAGAUUACUUCGGGCACUGAGCUAAUGAGCUUUCUCAGCCGCCUCUUGCUGUCUUCAUGGAUUCUGAUCCUUCACUUCAGCUGUGUGUAGGAGCAAAGUGAAAGUGCAGAGGAGACGGACAGGUGGGGGUUGUGAGUAAGAAGCAGCACUUGUGUGCUUCACGUCACUCUGUUCCUGCACACAUAGCUGAAGAUCUGAUCAGCGGUAUGUAGGAUUGUACUUCAUAACAGCAGAGAGUAAUCUGUCCUGAGUGAUUAGGAUGUUGUUGUUUUUUUGUGUUAAUAGAGUAGUGGCUUUUAUUUCCCCUGAUUGCCACUUUAAAGUGGUUUCCUAUGACAAAUGAUGAAAAUCGGACAUCGUAUAGGACAUGACGAGCUCAUUCUAGGGCUCUAUUUACACGUCCGUAGUGCAUUGCGGAUCCGCAAUACACCCGGCCGGCACCCCGUAGAACUGCCUGUCUGCAAUUGCAGACAAGAAUAGGACAUGUUCUAUAUUUUAUUUUAUUUGUUUUAUUUUUUCCGGAGCCGCGGACCAGGAGAUCGGCGGCACCCUCCGGAAAUGCGGAUACGGUCGGCACAUGGUGUGCUGUCCGCAUCCCUUCCUGCCCCUUAGAGAAUGAAUGGGUCCGCACCCGUUAAGCAAUUUGCGGGACUGAUGUGGACCCAUUAUUACGGACUUGUGAAUGGAGCCUAACAAAGCUAGAACCAGCCCUGUACCUUGCAUGGAUCCAGAGAUCUCCUUAUUCAUUGCUCUGUUAGGCCUCAUGCACACGAGGGCGUAAAUAAUGGCUGUGUGACAGCUGUUUAAUAGACGUUACACGGCUUUUUUUGGCACCAGUGAAAGUCUUAAUGGCCAGUGAAUAGCAUCCGUUCCAAAAAUGGGACAUGUCCUGUUUUGACGGCCAGGCAGGCCCCAUUGACUUUAAUGGGACCGUUUUUAAUGGCCGCUUAGACAGGAGCACAGCGUCUAGCGGCCAUUAAGAAUGAGUACACUUUAACAAAAAAACAGGCAUCUCACCCACUUGCUCGCGCUGCAGAAGUCUCUUCUCGCUUCAUUGUGCAGGACCUGGGAUAUGCAAUGCAUGAUGACGUAACCAUUGAUUGCGCAGUGACAACAUCUGUCACAUCGCAGGUCCUGCUCAAUUAAGGGACUGCUGCAGCAUGAGCAAGUGGACAAGUUUUUUUUAUUUAUUUUUAUUUCCCCCUGCCAGCCCCGUUGAAAAUGAAUGGAGGGGUGCUGCGCAUGCGCAGUGCGCCCUCCUUCACUUGUGGGGCCCUGUUAUCGAUAUAGGUG